AUGGCAUCCACUACGAGUAUUGAAACGGCUCCCGUCGCCUCAGUCCAUCCCAACAAUGACUUGGUCGCCAUAUCGCACAGAAAAAGCUCAUCCUAUCUCGAAACAAGCGACAUUCCAAUACCACCAGUGACAGCGAAGACCUUAGCAUUGGGUGCCUUUAUCUCAAUUGGUGGUCUCCUCUUUGGAUAUGAUACCGGCCAGAUCUCUGGGUUCGAAAACAUGUCUGACUUUGUUCAGAGAUACGGCCAACAGCACGCCAAUGGGGAUUAUUACUUCAGCAACGUCCGCUCUGGUUUGAUUGUCUCCAUCUUGUCCGUUGGAACCCUGAUUGGGGCUUUGACAGCGGCUCCUAUCGCCGAUCACCUCGGUCGCAAACUGUCAAUCUCCGUCUGGUGUGGUAUAAUCCUUAUCGGUCUCAUCGUGCAGAUAACCGCCCCGUAUGGUCAUUGGUACCAGCUAGUGGUCGGCCGUUUCGUCACAGGUCUUGGAAUUGGUGCCUGUUCUUUGAUUGUUCCCAUGUAUCAAGGUGAAAGUGCACCGCGGCAUAUUCGCGGUGCUAUGAUCAGCUGCUAUCAAUUGUUUGUCACCUUCGGUAUUCUUUUGGCAUACCUGAUCAAUUUGGGUACCGAGAAGCUGGAAGGAUCAAGCCAGUGGAGGAUCACCCUGGGCAUUACUUUCGUCUUUGCUCUUCUCCUGGGUAUUGGUGUGGUUUUUUUUCCAGAGAGCCCUCGCUUUGAAGUCCGUCAAGGAAAGCUUGAUUCCGCGCGGCGAACGAUGGCUAAGCUUUACGGGAUCCCAGAGAAUCACACUCAAAUAAUUCAGGAAUUGGAGGAUAUCACACUUCAGCUAUCAGAGGAGAAUCACAACGGGGUUUGGUAUGAGAUAUUUAAAGCACCUCGGAUGGCUUAUCGAUUAUUCUUGGGGAUGAUGCUCCAAACUUUGCAGCAGCUGACUGGAGCGAACUAUUUCUUCUACUACGUAUGUUUAUCUGCCCUUUUUGACUAUGACGUUUUCUAUACUCACAAAACUUCACAGGGAACAACCAUUUUCAAGGGUGCCGGAAUUUCGAAUAGCUUUGUCACCCAAGUUAUUCUAGGAGCUGUGAAUUUCGGAACAACCUUUGGCGGCCUCUAUGCUAUUGAACGCUUUGGUCGUCGAAAGUCACUAAUGACGGGUGCGGUCGUGAUGUUCAUCUGCUUCAUCAUAUUCGCGUCCGUGGGUCACUUUUCUCUCAACUUUCAAGUUCCAGAAGCAACUCCAGGUGCAGGCAAGACUAUGGUGGUUGUCGCUUGCAUCUUUAUCGCAGCGUUUGCCAUGACCUGGGGUCCUAUGGUCUGGACCAUCGUCGCAGAGCUGUAUCCCUCGCAAUUCCGGGCAAAGGGUAUGGCUCUUGCAACAGCGUCCAACUGGUUCUGGAACUUCCUGAUAGGAUUCUUUACCCCUUUCAUCACGGACAAGAUUGAUUUUACCUAUGGAUAUGUCUUCGCAGGCUGCCUAGCUUUUGCGACAUUUUCCAUCUACCUUUUCGUCAUCGAAGGAAAAGGCCGAACAUUGGAAGAGAUUGACUACAUGUAUGUGAUGAAGGUGGCCCCGUGGCACAGUGAACAGUAUCAAAUCCCCCCACGGCAUGAGUGGGUGGCACUCACCCCAGUAGCCCAGGAAUGGGACGUGACUUGUGGCCAUAACAAACGACAAUCGCAGCAUAUGGAGAAUGUUUGA